CUGCGAUGGCUAUGCUAGUGGGCGACAGGGCCAGCUCUGUUUUGUCGUCAAAGUCGUAACCCAGAAAGGGGCUUGAAACAGCCUGACUUUGUCCAUGUGGUGUCGACCCCAUUGUGUGGUCCCUUGCCCAAAAUCAUUCGUUUCCCGCCCCCCUUCGUCCUCCCACUUUCUUUUCAUUCCUACGUUCCCGUUCCAGCCUCAUCCCAACUAUCUUCUCAAAGAUCUCCAUUGAGAGGUUGCCCGUUCUUUUCAACCCCUUGCCUGCUACUCUCACUUCUUAGACAGCUAUCUGCGCUGACUAGCUCACAUUUGAUUUCUUGAUUGAUAUUCUUUUUAUUUUUAUUUUUUUUUCCUUUUUUUUUUUCCUUUUUUCCUGCUUCGCACUCCUUGGGUAUAUCCGGAUUUCCGAGCUGCCACACCUCACAACAUAUGUGGAGGGUUAACCCUUACUCGCCUGUCACUCCUUACAUCGCUAUUGUGACUUGAUUUUGGCUCGAGAGCGAAGUAGCGAACGCCGGAUCGUUUUGGACUUUCCCCGUGCGAGUACUUGUUACAUCAUCUCCGAUCACUGGCCCCUAAUCUUGUCAUUGACUAGCCCGACAACGAGGUGGAAGGAAGCACGAAUCCAUCGGGAUUGUUUCUUUCUUUCCUCUGUAAACCGACGCUCAUUAUCGUCAAGCAACCUGUUUGACCGAAAGAGAAGCUCGGGUUGAUCCCAUCGAGAGCGUCCUUUCUAUUAGACGGCUGGCCGGUUAUCCACGCUCCUUAUACAUCCAUAUUCAACGACGUGCUGCGCACUAGAUGUAUUGAACAAACAAAAGAGGAAGGGACCUCGCCUUUGUCGACGAUUAGAGGAAGAUGAGACUCACCCUGCAGUCUUUGCUGGUUCUGGCUGGAUCCGCGGUUUUGGCACAGGCGGCGGCUAUCGAUAUCAUUGGACAACUUAAUAAGGAGGCCGCGAAACAGCAAGCUGGCCUCGCCCCGAACCCACAGGUGGUUGCGGGAGGCCAAGGUCAGAAUAUUGCGCCCGGAGACCUCGUUGGGCAGAUUCUUGGGCUCUUGGGCAAGGCCGCUGGACAGCGCAACGGCGCAACACCCAAUAUCGACCUGCAAAAUGGUGUCAACGACGGCAAACGAAACGGCGGGCAGAAGGAGGGCAAGAAGGGCAAGCAGUCACAGAAUGGUGGCAUCGCAGGAAACGGAACUGCAGUAGACGAAGGGAAGAAGAAUGGUGGCGCUAAGAAGGAAGGCGCAAAGAAGGGAGGUAAGGGGAAGGGGAAGGGGAACGAGGGCGCCAAUUUGGGUGCCAUCAACGGCACGGCGCCGGCGGCUGGUCGAGGAAACAAGAACGAAGGCGCCAACUUGGGUGCGGUUAACGGGACGGCACCGGCUGCCGGCCAAGGAAAGGGACUGGGAAAGGAUGGCAAGAUCAAGGGAGACGGGAAGAAGGACCGUGGGAAGGGGAAGGGCGGUGCUGAGGGCAACAAGCCGUCGACACCACCGCCAGCUCUUGGAGCCAUAGCGCCAGAGGCGCCCGCCAAGAACAAGACUGCACCGCCCCCACCCCCAGUCGCUGCCCCGGCCGCUUCCCCGCCCCCUGGACUUCUUCCCGGCACUGGCCCACGAGGUGGAAUUGGUGUCACUGUCAUCCCGAUCGCCGAUUCGCAGCGCGAGAAAACCAAGGAAGCCGGCCCUGCCGCUCCCACUCCGCCGGUUGCCGCCAACCCAGGGCUCCCUCCGCCACCUGGAGCCGAUAACCAGCGGGCGCCCAACAUUCCACCUCCGGCUGGUCAGAACACGAUCCCAGCCCCGCCAGCGGCACCCGCCGCUCCAGCUGUUACGCCCUCUCCGCCUCCUCCCGCCAAAGCGUCUCCGCCGCCACCCCCUCCCCCGGCUGCGGCUCCUCCUCCUCCUGAGCAAGCGUCUCCUCCGCAACCGCCACCAGCUGCUGCGCCGCCGCCACCGGCCGCUGCGCCUGAGUCACCCUCUCCGCCCCCCGUAACCCCUCCUUCGCCUCCACCUCCUCCGGUUGCUGCAGCACCAGCACCUGCCCCCGCGAUGUCGUCAAAACUCAACCUUGGUGCCGAGGUCCCCAAGGCGACGGUGCCUGCGCCUGGAGCAACUGUCCCGACUGCCCUUCCUUUGGCCGCAGCACCGCCGGCAACAACUUCCGCACCCGAUGUGGCAAACAAUGCUGGAAUUCCUGCGCAACCCAACAUCGACAUCAGUGGACUGACGCUCAAUUCAGUGCUGUCGCUGGGUGCAUUGGUACCAGCAAAACCGGCAACCUAAGAUCUAAUCGGUCUUUUUUUCCUUUAUUUUUUUCAUGAUAACUAGAUCUUUCUACUCUUCUGGUUGUCCAUGGCGUCAGCAAGACGUUUAAUAUUGUUUUCUUAUGUAUCAGAUACCAAAGUACAUAGGACAAUCGUUUUAGUUGACUUUAUUGGAUUAUCAGCUAAUGUCAAGCUUUAAAAAGAGUCCCAUGAAAACAGAGUUAUCAAACGGACAAAAUUCCAAGCAUGAGAUAUACCCGCCACUGUGGCUAAUGGUCAGCGGCUACUGCUUGGGCCGCCAUUUCACUUGAUUUUGUUGCGACAAUCUUUCUGCGUUCUUUCUCUCUUCUUGUUCCACGUCACCCUGAACCUGGCUCCGUUCCGAUACAGUGUUUUCUUUUCCUUUCCUGUCUGAUUCGCUUCUUUCUAAUACUUGUUCGGCAAGGAUUUCCUCCACCCACAUAUUGGCAUCUUUGUAGUCGGGCUCCAUAGUCUGUCAUAUAUAAACUUAUCGAUCCAAGUCACAGGGUGAAAAACAAGUUGUGUCAUGGGGUCAGAUCUUGCAGUGGCCUAAGAUUAUCCAGAACUACCUAGGU